AUCGAAGCCAGGUUUCUGCGGCUACACAGCUUUGAAACGGGACUUGAAAGGGCGUGCAUCACUGAGACGCAUAACUGAAGCUGCAAGUAUUGCUCUUGCGAUGCAUGAUGAAUUGAUUCGCUUGGGCGACACAGCAAGCGCAAAGUACUCCGGUUGAUUCUAGCCUGGCUGCGAAUGGCUGCGUGCCUCCGCCAAAUUCGGAGUAUUGGGGAAGCGUUGCUGCCCCUGGAAGCCGGCGUCCUACAAGUAUCUGCAGCUCGGACAACGUCAUGUCGGGAAGCGCUUGAGGGAACUCUUGGCCUCGCCAGAGGGCAGUCACAGGUGGGUACGGGCGCGUCCGCUAUUUGCGUGGGGACCAGCCGAGAAGCGCAGCCAUCCUCAGACUCAGGUGCAUGCAGCACCAGCUAUGGCGCGGCACAGCUGACAGGCACAGCAUGGCGGUCGAGCGUGGCGCGAGAACCGUGCACACACACAGCGCAGGCCUUUCCACUUCCAAGGGACUGGAUCCUGCAGGGUAGGGGCCGCACCUGGUCGGCAGAAGCUAGCGGCAGGCCCCAUGCAAUGGGCUACUGCUCGGUAGACUCUAGCGCAGGCGCGCAUGUCAGCAGGAUUAGUCACGCCGCCGCCACGACCAGCCGCCGCCCUCCAGUAGCAGCACUGCCGCUGCCAGCGCCACCAGGGCCGCACCUACCUCUACCGGCAGCGCAGCCGGGGUUGCUGCGCCGCCAAGCGCGGGGCCUGCACGGCAUGGUCAGCGUCAUGACCGCGGCCGAGUCGGCGCGCGACGUGCUGUCGGCCAUCACGCAUCCCGUGUCCUACACCGAACUGGCCGCGCACCUAGCGCGCGACUACUCGCCGGAGCUGUUUGACGCAGUGACGGGGCUGGUCCUGUGCCACGCGGAGGAGAUGAGCGGCCCCGAGCUCAGCAACAUCCUGUGGGCCUACUCCACCGUGGGUCACCACGACGACGGGCUGGUGGGGGCGGCGCUGGCGGCGCUGGCCGGCAAGGUGUCGGAGCUGGGCCCGGCGGACCUGGCCAACACCGUGUGGGCCGUGACGCGGCACGACGCCUACAACCCGGACCUGGUGGCCGCGCUGGCGGAGCGGGUGUGGGAGGCGCUGCCCGCCUGCAACCCACAGCAGCUGGCGGCGCUCGUGCAGGGGUUUGCGUACUUCAGGCAGCAGGAGCCGCAACUUGAGGAGGAUGAGGACUUGCUGAAGAGCAUCAGCGUCAGGUUCAGGGAGCAGGUGGGCUCGGCCGGGGCGCCGGAGGUGGCGCUGCUGCUGUCCGCCAUGGCCCGCCUGCGCCGCUACGACCCCGCGCUGCUGGCGGACGCCUGCCGCCUGCUCGCCGCGGCCGCGCCCUCCGCGCCGCUGUGCGCCCUGGCGGAGGCCACGUGGGCCCUGGCGCUGCUGCAGCACGUGGACGAGCCGCUGCUGAAGGCGGUGGUGGACCGGGUGACGGAGGCGGCGCGCGUGGCGUCGGGUCUGGCGCCGGCGCCGCAGUCGGUCGCCGGCAGCGUCAGCAGCUCGCUGCCGUUGCCGCUGCGCGCCGGCACCGCGGCGGCGGCAGCAGCGACCAUGGCGGCGGUUGCCAAGAACACGCAGUCCAGCGAGAGCGUGAAGCUGGCGGCGGCGCUGCAGAAGCAGGCCAGCUCGCUUGCCAAGGACCAGCGGAGGGCCGGCGGUGGUGGGGAGGGCGCCGCAUCCAGCACCGGUGGCAGCGUAUCGGCGGCGUAUGCCAGCCGCAAGGCGCGGAGCCGGCAGGCCCUGGCGGCGGCCCAGAGCGCUCCCGCGCGCUACAGCGCCAUGUGGCCCACGCAGGUGGGGCCAGGCGGCCACCUCAGCCCCUGCACACUGACGGAGCGGUUCAACCCCUCGCUGCCGUUCCACUGGAGCGCGGAGGCGCAGGGCGCGGGCGCAGGGGGCGCUCACGGCGCGGCGGCGGCGCAGGCGCAGCUGCAGCAGGCAGCAGUGGACGGGGGUGCGGUCAAGGGCGCCUCUGCAGCUGCUGGAGAAAAAGGCAAUGCGGACGACGCCGCGGCGCUAGCAGAUCCCGACGCUGUGUCUAAGUUCCUGUGGGGCUUUGGCGCGCUGCACUGCUACAGCGACCCGCUGUACACGCUGCUGUUCCGGGUGCUGCCGCGCCUGCGCCACGACCGCGCCAGCUGGUCGGCCCUGGCGCGGCUGAUGGGCGCACACGUCAAGGCGCUGGAGCUGCAGCCGGGCGUGGGACUGUGCCGCAUCAACCCGCUAGAGGCGGAGUCCACCACCGCCUGGAUCCGGCUGCAGCGCAGUCGCACGCCCCUGCACCGCAUGCCCGACCACUUCCUCACCUCGGCCUUCGUGGCCUUCCAAGCCGAGGGCCUGGGCCGCGACAACCACUGGGCCCACCCGGAGGCGCAGCGGCAGCAGGAGCGGGAGCAGCACGUGGACCGCAUGCAGCCGCAGCCGCCGUACGCAACACUGAGCAGGUUGGAGCUGGAGUCUGAGGUUGCUACCACACUGCAGGCUAUGGGUGUGGAGCUGCGGCCGUCAGCCACCGUCGACGGCAUGUUUACACUGCCCCACACCAUGCUCAUCAACGGCAUGACAUUGAGUGUGGAGGUGCUGUCGGCGGGCUGCUGCGCGCUGGACCCGCCGCACCACGCACUGGGCCCGGCGGUGGCGCGCCUGCGCUCCCUGGAGUUCCGCGGCUGGUCGCCCCUGGUGGUGCCCUUCCACGAGUGGGCGGCGCUGGCGGCGGAGGAGGGGCCGGCGGCGCUGGCGCUGACGGCGGAGCCAGACGGCGCCGCAAAGCGGGCGGCUGCGCUGCUGGCGGCGGCGGCGGCGCGGCAGCGGUACCUGCUGCGGAAGAUGGAGGAGGUGGUCGGGGAGCAGAUCAACCCAGACGAGUUGCGCCGCACACAGAAGAUGCCCCGGCGGCGGCUUGCCUGAGACUGCCCGUAUGGCAUUGUAGUUCUGGCUAGGUUUGGGUUCUUGUUGCAUCUUGACCAAUGUAGGCAUAGUUUGACAUUGACCGCAGGCGUGUUGCGAACGUGGCACUUAGUGCAGCAUGCUCAGUGUACAGCUUGGAGAAAGGCGCUCAUAAUUUGAUGCAGGACGCGUGUGCAAGGAAUAGGCGUGUCGUCCCGCACACACCCAAACGGAUGCCGGGAGCGUUAAGCGGGUAAGUGACGUGCGGAGGCGUGUUGUAGCUCUCUAGUAGCUCUCUAGUAGUCGUUGGCUCGCUCCCCCCAAAGGGGGGCGACAGCCACAGUCCUCGGCCAGAACCUUACGUUAGGGUUGUUUGCGUUUUUGCGGUUUUCAUCUUUGCAUAUGCAAAUAGAGCCAGCUUGCUGGGCGAUUUGCAAAGAGUGAAAACCAUGGAAGACAUGCGAUGCAGAAAAAGUGCACCGUUAUAAGGCCAAAGC